AUGGAUGAAGCACCCGUUUCUCCUCCUGCUUAUAUAAUGAAGCCAUCCUAUUAUAUGGUUUCUCCAUUCUUGUCCUUAUUUUCGAUCGAUACAACCCCGAACGUUGUGAGGCGACCCGAGGAAGCUGUAACCUUUCCUACAUCUCCGAUGCCAUUUCAUCUACAGUUGGAUCCAUUCAGGAUGCUAUCGACGGAUGAACUCAAAAGGCUAGAAAACUACUAUGAAGCAAAUAAGGAGACGGCGGCGGCUUCAUGGUUCAAGUCCUUAUGGGCUAUCGACAAAUAUGUUGGCUUCCUAGUGGAAAGGCAGCCUGAUUAUGCAAUUGCAUAUCCCCAAGAUUGCAAGUUCUGUCCUACCUAUUUUAUAGCAUGCCUUCAAAUUAGUAUGCCGACUCUAAAGGCAUAUCGGGACUUGAAGUCUCCUUCGGAACAUGCAAAGUUGGUAGGCAAGAUGAAAAAUGUUUAUGUACCCGUCAACCAUGAUAACUCUCAUUGGUUCAUGAUGGUCCUAUAUCCAAGACAAUGGGAGAUCAUUAUUAUAGAUACCUUAGUAUUACAUGCCCUCCUAAAGUAUAAGCAGAAGAUCAAAUUGAUGACAGAGGCACUCUCAAUUCUCUUCCAUGCCACUAGAGACGUCACCGCGCUUGAAGGGAAGACAUGGACCGCCAAAGAAGAGAAAUUUGUGCCAGAGCAAAGUAAUGGUUUUGAUUGUGGCAUAUUUGUAAUGAAAUUCAUCGAUAUACUGUGCAAUGGUCGCACCUUGGAGGGAACAAACCUGUAA